AUGAACGGUCAAUACCCACCGCCUCCUUCACGGGGGCAGGAUGGCAUCUCACCCAUAUCAGCUGGCAGCGAAUGGUCAGGUGUCAACAACUACGGCUCAGCGGGUACUCGCAGUGAGUCUCCAUACACGGCCUACGACGAUACCAAUCCCAUCAGCCCUAUGUCUGAUGGCCAUCAACCUCGAAUGAACAAUGGUUUCGGCCCCCCUCCUCCGGAGCCGCAGCAAAGGCGCCCUUCAGAAAAUGGCUCGCGAACCUCUUCUCGCGCUCCUUCUCUUGCACCCUCGCGCUCUAGUGAUGGCACGAUCUCGGAUGUGCAAAGCAGAAAAUAUCGGAGGAUGGAAGCGGAGCUAGCCCAGCAUUACACCAUCCUACGCACAUAUCUAAGAGGAGGCAAUGCACAUCCACCACGCGCCAACAAGGCACGCGACAAGCUCCUUCGAUUGUCGCCCAUACAAUUCCACGAGCUCAGCACUGAUGUCUACGACGAGCUGCAAAGGCGUCAAGCCUUGGGGCCCAAAACGGACGGCCGCCUCCACACGCCUCGCUUCAAGGAUCUAUCGACCGAUGUCUUCUGCGAGUUGGAGAGGAGGUUUCCGCAGUUCGCAAGACCAGACACUCGCCCGCCAUCAAGAGGAGGUCCACGAGGACCAAACGGUUUCCCAGCACGCAAACACUCUGCGAAUCCGUCCAUGAGUAGCCAAGCAUCCGGCAUGGGUCCACGAUAUGGCUCAGGCGAUGACUACGGACGACCCAUGCAGCGCCAAUUCCAGCAGAGCACGUUCACGCCCAACAAGAGCACUAUGGUCGAAGACGAAGACGAAUUAGUUGGCGUGAAUCCGGGUUAUGAGCGUUCCAGUGACGCAUUCGGCUUGGAGAGUGCGCUGACAAGUCCACGCAGCAAUCGCGAUACCUCUGCCACGUCCCAAAGCAUUGGGAGCAAGACCGGGCAUUACCAGAUCGCAAGUCUUGAGGCCGAAAUAAGCGACUUGAAGGAGCAACUGGCACUGAAGGAUGAACAGCUGGGCCAAGCUCAGGAUUCGAGCAGCGCUGAGCAACGGGAGCAUCAGGAGGAUUUGGAAAGGCGUCUGAGUAAAGCAGAUGAGCUGAACAAGUCCAUGAAGAGUGAGCUAGACCGCGUGCAACAGACUCAAGCUACGAUCGAAAGGACACUUCGGAACGAGAUUGAGGAUCUGAAACGAGCUCAGAACGAGAAGUCCGCUGGGCCAGAAGUGCAACGUGAGAACGAUGAAUUGAAGCGACAGCUCCAGCAGCAGCAUGAUAUAAUUGAAGACGUCCGGAAACAAGCCACGAUUUACCUUGAUGAAAUGCGCAGCAUGGCCGAACAUGGUGGAGGUGAUUUCGCAGCCGAAGAGCGCCUUCAAGCAGACGUCGCCCGCCUACAAAGUGAAGCCGACGACUGGAAGGCGAAGUACAUUCGGGCGCGCACAUUGAUGCGCGGAAUGCGAGCCAGCUCCAUGGGACAGACAUUUGCUAAUACCAAUGUCCAGCAACAUGCACGUGACGGUAGUUUGUAUGAGAAUAACGGGCUGGUCAAGGAUAUCCACAUCACCAGCUUCCAGAUCGCCAUCGAUGAGCUGCUCAGAGUGGCACGGAACGACUGUAUGGCUGUCUUGGAUCAGAUGAAGACAGUUGUGCUAGCAGUCCGCAGCAUAACCACCGAUAUCGAAGCCGCAACGCCAUCUUUGAAGGAUGAGGACGCAACCAAGAAGCGGGCUAAGCUCAAGAGCAAAGUCUCAGCAACAGCCAAUAACCUGAUUACGGCCUCCAAAAACUAUGCGCAAGCACAAGGCUUGUCUCCAGUCAGUCUUCUGGAUGCUGCAGCGUCUCAUCUGACUGCUUCGAUUGUCGACCUCGUCCGCAAUGUCAAGAUCCGCCCAACGACACCGGGAGACGCAGAUGACGAAGCAAACGAGACUAUGGAGCCUGUGCAGACCAACGGAUAUUUCAACGUUGCCGAGACUCUGCGGCGCCGGAGCGAGGUGGACAGCAUCUACAGUGCUAUUAGCACUCCAACUGAUGCCAACGGCUUCAGGUCCGCGUCCCGGAAGAGCCAUAGUCGAUCAAAUUCUGGCUAUGUGAACGGCCAUGGAAGAGCUACGUCGAAGACCGGACUUGGGAUCAAGAAUGAUACAGGUCUUGGACCAGAAGAUGCAGCUCUUGAGGACUUGAAGAUCUAUGUCGAAGACCAGUCUGAUCAGCUUGUCGAGUCUAUUCAAUCUCUGAUUGAAUCCGUUCGCCGCGAAGACUCAGCCAUGAACAUACAGGACAACAUCGAUAAAAUCGCAGAGACUGUAGAAGCGGUGCUUCUUGCGACGGAUAGGGGCUCUCAGGAGCCAGCUUCAUACCGUUCCGAAUGGCAGACACAGACCGCCGACAUUCAGGAAAGGCUGCAGGAAUGCAGAACAAAGUUGAUGCAAGCUGGUGACGAGACUCAAGAGUACAACGGGGGAUCGCCGUCAAAGUCCUUCACGCAAAAGCUGCCUCCACUCGCCUUCCAGGUGGCGCGCGAGACACGGGAGCUGGUGCGGCGGAUACAGGCCAUCAAGACACAAGGCGCGGCAGUCGAGGAUGACUUCAGUUGA